AUGGCUCUGAACUCGGCGCCUCGUGGGUAUCAUACAGGAGAUCUUCUCCUUGUUGUUCAUGAUUUCACCGCGCGCUCAGAGGAUGAACUCGACUUGCGAAAGGGCGAGAGAAUCGAGUUGGUCGAGCUGGACGAUGGCUUCGGCGAUGGAUGGUACCUAGGGAAAGACCUAAGGACUGGGAUAACCGGCCUUUUCCCUGGAGUCUAUACCACCAAAGCACCUAAUACCUUUGUGCGCCCCCAAACCGCUAGCUCAGAGUCGAAUGCGCUUGCGACGGAUGGGGCUGGAGAAUCACCAGUCUACCAAGGGGCCAAUGCAUUGCACUCUGGGGAGUUCGUAUCGACGCCGAAGAGCGACGAUUCGACGCCACAAGCGUCUCGACACGUUAGCAUGACCGAUCUUCGGGGUGCUCAUGGACAAAGCGAACCGAACCCGUCGCUGCUUGCAUCAAAGCAGCAGCAACCGCAAAAUCGGUCAAGUUCAUCCCCGUUGCCGAACAUAAAGAUGGCGAGCGAUAUCCAACAGUCCAUCCGACAGACGCUCAACCCCCAUCCCAGUGGUCAAGAGAGCCCAGUCAUGAACGAGACUCUGAGUGUUAUCGAUGAGCACAUUACGGAUCUCAGCACUCCACGCCACAGCGUGAAGCCAUCUGCUGACCAAAAGACCAUCAAUGACUCGGCCAGUGAAUACAGUAGCCACUUGGAUCACCGGAUGUCGUAUAUCAACGGCCAUGAGACUGAUGAGGAGGAAGGCAAUCAACCCUCUGAGGAAGAAGUUCGGAGAUGGGAAGUCGGAGAGACGGUCAAACAUCUGCGGCAGCUGGGAGUAGAAGACAAACACUGUGAUAUAUUUGAGGAGCAGGAGAUCUCGGGAGACGUGCUGUUGGACAUGAACCAGGACUUCCUCAUGAUGAAGGAAUUUGAUUUCGGAGUAAUGGGGCGACGACUGAAAACCUGGCAUAAGAUCAAAUCGUUCCAGGAGGAAAUAAAAGGGUACAAAGAUCAACAGUCAUCGACUGCCCGGGGUUCGAUCGCCGCAUUUUCAACAAUGUCUGAAGAACGCUCGCAGAGCCGUGGUGGUCAGACAGGGCCGCUGCGUCCACGAAUACCGAAUUUCAGAGGAUCCUUCAGUGGCACUCAGCAUCCGCGCCUGGUCAGCAACAAUAUGCAGAGUGAGACUGGUUCACCGGUCACCCCCCAGACACCACCCACUGGGUUCAUGGACCAUUCUCGCCGACCGUCUGCUGCGUCGAUCCGAGAGAUCAACCACCAAAGGCGACAUUCGUCAUUGGACGCUACAGGUCGAUUUUCAAUCGCCGAAGAAACAUCCGCCCACGUCGGAUUGGCGCACGGUAAAAAAGGAUCUUUUGAUCGCGGCUGGACCAUGUCUCUUGGGGCGCAGCGAGCAACUCCGCGUCCAGGAACCGCUCUAGGGGCUACCAGUACUGGGUCUAAAUACACCAAUGGAUUGGAAUCCGCUGUAGCUGAUGAUCUGGAGCGUGGCUAUUUUUCAGGACCAGAGACGGACUCACGAACGCAGCGCAAGGUUCUUCAGAAGCGAGCAUCGGUGGCCGGUAGUGCUCACUCAUUACAGUCGAGCAAUCCUGACGAGCAGUUCAGAGCCAAUCGGAGGCGUUCGCGGAUCAGCAGCGUCGACUCAGUCGCGGAUGCGCCUCCCCAUGCCUUGAAUGGAGGUUCUACAUACCCCCUCCCUUCCUCCAAAGGUCGAUUGCGGAGUUUAAGCACCCGCAUCUCUUCCCAGCAACCGCCUCACAGCUCUGGGUCCAAAGCAUCAGCUGGUGGAUUCCUCUCUUCGUUUGCUCCUAGGGCGGGGAAGCAAGAUUCCGAGUCACGCUCUUCAGCACAGCCCUUGCAGCAGUUCAAAAAGGCCGCGCCUCGAUUUCGACGUGCUGUUGGGCUUCGAAUGUCCGAUACAGCGGGGAAGGGUGCCGAUGCCAGUGCAGUCCCAGCAUCCCCUGUGAAUGAUACUGACCCGGCCUCUGUUCGAACGGGGUCGACAACCCCUUCGACGUCGAAGAGCUCCGAGCGACACAGUACCGACGGCUCCGGAAAGACCGCGGAAGGAGGCAUAUUGGUGCCACGGGCUCGGCCCUCUGUCAAGGCUGGGGUGAAAUCCAAGAAAGAUACCAGUGCUUAUGUACGGGGUCUGGAGAAAAAGACACCGCAGGAACAAAUGGAUGGCUGCGAUUUUUCCGGAUGGAUGAAGAAGCGGUCCUCAAACCUGAUGGCAACUUGGAAGCCCCGGCUGUUUGUGUUGCGUGGCCGUCGCCUUUCAUACUACUACUCGGAAAGCGAUAUUGAGGAGCGAGGCUUAAUCGAUAUCACAGCUCAUCGAGUUCUCCGAGCAGACAAUGACCCAAUCGUUGCGUUACAUGCCACGAUCACGGGCGCAACAGUCUCCCCUACAUCACCUGCAGGUAGCGUUCCGGCCGGUAAUGGCUCGGUUUCAGAGAACGGCUCGACAUCGGAAUCCAGGCGCGGAUCGCGCUCGGACAAGGAGGGCCCGUUCUUCUUCAAGCUUAUCCCGCCAAAGACAACUCGUACGGUGCAAUUUACGAAACCCGCGGUCCAUUACUUCCAGGUUGAUAGUGUUCAAGAAGGUCGCAAGUGGAUGGCCGCGUUGAUGAAGGCGACGAUCGAGCGAGACAUCCAUCUUCCGGUUGAGACAACAAACAAGCAGAGAACUAUCAGUCUUAAGGAGGCCCAGAUGAGUAACCAGCGACCUCCGGCCUUGAUGCCCGAAGGUCAGACACCGACAGAAGACGCCUUAGUCGAAGAUGCCUCCGUUGAAGAUGCCCUGGUCGAAGAUGCCGCCGCAAAGGAUGAGGGGGCUGGUUUAAUGAUCCAAGGUCUUGACAUUGAGCAAGUUGAGUCUCCAGUUGACGUGGGCGAUAUCAACCUUCCUAACCAACUGGGCGAGCUUGACACCGGUCCGUCGUCUUUGCUUCCAGAGACGGCUCGCACGUCCUAA